AUUACUUUUAUUAAAAUUCUUUAUCUUCUUUCUUUUCAAGUAAAGGCUUCUUACUUCUUAGUCUCAAGAUGGAGAUAGAAGUAGGGAGGAGCACCGGUACUGGUGGUGAUGGUAGCCACAACGGCAGUACAAUGGCGGAGCAUGGUGAUAGUAAUGACGAAGGUGGUGGUGGAGAAAGUAUGGGUCGGAGUCAGAGCAUGAAGGAAAGAGCAAGUUAUCUGGUGUGGCAAGAUCUAAGGGUGAUGCUCCCAAGCUCCGGUGAUGGACCAACAAAGCGGUUGCUCCAUGGUCUUAACGGUUUUGCAGAACCGGGUCGGAUCAUGGCUAUCAUGGGUCCUUCUGGUUCGGGCAAAUCCACACUUCUUGAUGCAUUAGCAGGUAGACUAUCAAAGAAUGUGGUGAUGGCUGGAGAUGUUCUACUAAAUGGGGAGAAGAAGAAACUAACCUAUGGUGUUGUUGCUUAUGUGACACAAGAAGAUGUUCUAAUGGGAACCCUCUCAGUGAGGGAAAGCAUCACUUACUUAGCUCAUUUGAGGCUUCCACCAACAUUGACCAAAGAAGAAGUGAAAGAUACAAUAGAGGGGACAAUAUUAGAGAUGGGACUCGAGGAUUGUGCAGAUAGGUUGAUAGGAAAUUGGCACUUGAGAGGUAUAAGUGGUGGGGAGAAGAAAAGGCUAAGUAUUGCACUUGAAAUCCUCGUUAGACCACGAGUUUUGUUUCUAGAUGAACCUACAAGUGGACUCGAUAGUGCCUCGGCAUUUUUCGUGGUUCAUGCUCUAAAAAGCAUGGCUCGUGAUGGAAGAACAGUCAUUUCUUCAAUUCACCAGCCAAGUAGUGAAGUCUUUGCAUUGUUUGACGACUUGUAUCUUUUAUCUGGAGGUGAAACUGUCUAUUUUGGAGAAGCCAAAGAAGCUAUUGAGUUUUUUGCUGAAUCGGGGUUCCCGUGUCCCAUCAAGAGAAAUCCUUCCGAUCAUUUUCUACGUUGUAUCAAUUCAGAUUUCGAUGUCGUGACAGCUACACUAAAAGGCUCAUUGAGAAUUCAAGAAAAGCAAGAAGAAUCAGACCCUUUUACGAAUAUGGGAACAACACAGAUCAAAGCAACCUUAGUAGAAAAAUACCGAUGGUCAAAACACGCCGUGAAAGCUCGAGCAAGGAUGAAACACCUCUCCACAAUCCGAGGACCUGCGACCAAGGCAAAUACAGCAAGCCAUGCUGGAUGGUGGAAGCAACUUGACACACUAACAAGACGAUCGUUCGUGAACAUGUCAAGAGAUAUGGGAUAUUACUGGUUAAGAAUCAUCAUCUACUUAGUCGUAUCAAUAUGCGUUGGGACAAUCUUCUUCGAUGUGGGAACGAGUUACACUGCCAUUCUUGCAAGGGGAGCUUGUGGUGGUUUCAUAACAGGGUUCAUGACUUUCAUGUCAAUCGGAAGUUUCCCUUCAUUUAUCGAAGAUAUGAAGAUCUUUACUCGAGAACGUCUCAAUGGCUACUACGGGGUUGGUGUGUUUAUACUUGCAAACUUCCUAUCUUCGUUCCCGUUCUUGGUUGCAGUUUCUCUAGUCACCGGAACAAUCACAUGGAACAUGGUGAAGUUCAAUCAUGGAUUCUCGCGCUACGCUUUCUACUGUCUCAACCUGUUUGGCUCGAUUGCAGUGAUCGAGAGCUGUAUGAUGAUUGUUGCAGCUCUUGUUCCGAAUUUCUUGUUUGGGCUCGUAGUUGGGGCUGGAGUUCUCGGUGUUAUGAUGAUGACUUCAGGUUUCUUUCGUCAACUUCCCGAUCUUCCAAAGCCAUUUUGGCGUUACCCUGUGUCGUAUAUAAACUACGGAUCAUGGGCAAUACAGGGAGGAUACAAGAAUGAUCUAUUGAAUUUGGAGUUUGAUGGGUUAUCUCCGGGAGACCCGAAAACCUCCGGCAGGGAGGUGAUAACGAAGUUGUUCCGGAUGCCGUUGACUCACUCGAAGUGGUGGGACUUGUUUGCGAUAUAUGCGCUUCUUGUGAGUUACAGACUGACGUUCUUUUUAGUUCUCAAGUUGAAGGAGAAAGUGUUGCCAUUUUUACAGUCGAUGUAUGCAAAGAGAACUGUACAUCGACUGAAAAGGCGAGCUUCUUUCGUAAAGUUUCCUUCUUCAAGACGAUACCAAAACCUUCGCACUUUAUCGGCACAAGAGGGCUUCAGUUCUCCGAUCCCAUAGCUCAAAAACACAGUACAUUUAAAACACAUCACUUUUACAAUCAUUAUUACACAAUUUGGAGAUAUAUCAUGAAUCAGUGUAUAAAUCUACAAUGGGUUUAACUUUGUUUUACCAGCAAUUUGAUGUUUCUUUCAUUUGUAUACCCACUUCCAUAUUUUGUCACAAAUGAGUUGAUAUUGUACUAGUACAAAUUCCAUACGUGAAGUUUUAAUUUGGUGUCUGUUGGAUAUGUAUAACAAGUUCUUUGGACUAGGUCUUUGCAAGCCCUAUGAGGUUUUAUACAGGUGAAUAAAGUCUAUGUAACUUGCAUUAUAUAUGUUUUUUAUAAUCAUGAUAUUUCCAUCUCUAGAA